GCUCGGUCCGGCCCAGCCGCUGCCAGCGCCUCCAGCCCCCCGGCCCCGGCGAGGAGCCCUCGGCACCGCCACGGGGGGAAUUCAAACCGCGUGGGGAACCCCACCGGCCCCAUGCGGAGCUCCCGCGGGGCCGCCCGGGGAUCCCUGGGACCGUGCGCCGGCCAAGGCUGCCGACUGUGGGAAUCCCUGAUGCCUCCCGCACGGCACAGUGGCGGGAAAUGCUCCGCCGCCACUGCCGGAGAGCUUCCCAGUGACCCCCACAGUGUCAGGCUACGGCUGGUCCCGGGUGGGUGGCACAGAGCGCCGUACCGGGGUCACCGGCUCACGCCGGCGGAUGAUGAGAUGUACCAGCGGACGCGGGUGAUGGUGCUGGAACCGGAGUCCCCCAACAUCAUGUUCAUCGAGGGCUACAGCACCCGCGGCUUCACCAUCAGCGGAGACGUGGUGGUGGGUCCCUGCGCCGUGCUGCCCCGCAGUAUCCUCCAGUGGAACGUUGGUUCCCACCGGGACAUCUCGCACGAGAGUCUGUCGCUGUUCCGGCUGCUGGAGCCCCAGAUCGAGAUCCUGGUGCUGGGCACAGGGGACAGGGUGGAGCGGCUCCACCCAGCCACGCUGAAGCAGAUGCGGGAUUGCGGGAUUGCUGUGGAGGUACAAGACACGGCAAAUGCAUGUGCAACGUUCAACUUCCUAAUGAACGAAAGGCGCCUGGUGGCUGCUGGGCUCAUCCCCCCGCGGGGCACCUACGGGAUGUAGGCACUGCCUGCCAUGCCCAUGGUUCUUCCCCUUGCCUGCCUGAAGCCCCUGAGUGUCACUGCUCCCAACUGAGAAACACUCUGUGCACUCAGGAGGGCUGUGAAAUACAUGGGCUUAGCUCUUCCCUGCAGUCCCUGGCUUCUUCACCUCCCUGUCCAGUCUGGGGUGGGGGCUGUGGGCUGUGUGCCACAGCACAAGGCUUUGCUGGCAGCACUGCUGCCAUAGUCCUGCCAAGGUCAUGCCCUACACCUUGGCAGCAAAAAGCUUCACCUGAGGGAGGAUGAAGGCUGGCGGGGUGAGUUAUACAUCCCCCCAGCUGCAUCUGGAGCUCCAUGAGGAAAAUACAUGUAAAUGGGAAGUACAAUAAAUUGUGUGGUAGUUAA